GAGGUACUUUCCACUACUGAUUCCUGAGUGAAUAGAUUUCUGCAGUCUCUCCUCCAGACCACAAGAGGUCGCUGUACAAAUUGUUCAUCACAACCAGGAAACAGGCUCAUGAGUUGUUGGUUUGCUGAUCAAUUUUUGCCGCGGGUUUUUACAACAGUUUUGAGUUUGUGUGUUUGCUGAACGUGUCUCGUUUUCUGGGUCUUUUCCCGAUUCUGUGACAGUUUCGUUACUUUACGGCAACAGCAGCUGGUCUGGUACGUUUCUUCACGUGAAAAUGUCCGCGGAUAAAGAAGAGACUCGUCAGAGGUUGAAGGCGGCGGUGCACUACACUGUGGGUCAGCUGUGUCAGAAGAUGGGAGAGGUCCACCGCAGAGAGUUCAGUCGACAAGUCAUAGCAGCGAUAACUGAGACCACGUUCAGACAAUGUGAUGUAUUUGCUACGGACCUGGAGGCCUUCGCAAGGCACGCUAAAAGAAGCACAGUGACUACAGAGGAUGUAAAGCUCAUAGCCCGACGCAGUACUGCACUGUCAAACUACAUACAAAAUAAAAGUGAAGAACUGAACCAGCAGAGGGAAUUAAAAAAGAAGAAUACUGGGAAGAGGAAGAGCAGAGACACUGAGGAGGAAAGCAGAGAAUAAGGACAUGACACAUGCAGGCCUGCAGCUUCU